GGCCAGAAAGGUUAUUCAUGAAUGUGUUCCAUGUUUUCGCAACAGACCCAGAAUACACGAUCAACUGAUGGCAGAUCUUCCACCGGAAAGAGUCACUCCUUGCAUACCAUUUCAGCGAGUUGGAGUCGACUACUGCGGGCCGUUUUGGAUUGCGUUUCCACAUCGCCGAGCUCGUCCAACGAAAUGUUUUGUAGCUGUGUACGUGUGCUUGGUUACAAAGGCAGUGCACUUGGAGCUGGUCGCUGACUUAACAACACAGGCUUUCUUGGCAUCACUGAAACGCUUUUCAUCACGCCGUGGCAAGCCCAGUCUGGUAAUGUGCGAUAAUGCCACGAACUUUGUUGGAGCCAGACGAGAAUUGGACGAGCUAUGUACGUUGUUUAACAACCAACAAUUCCAACGGACUAUUUCUGCAGAAGCAGCGGAAAGCAAUAUUGAUUUUCGGUUCAUACCCGCACGUUCCCCAAACUUUGGAGGACUUUGGGAGUCAGCAGUUAAGUCCUUCAAAACAUUAUUUAAGCGGACCAUUGGCACCCACACCUUGCUGUAUGAUGAGAUGCAGACUGUUUUAACACAAAUCGAAGCUGUGCUAAACUCGCGACCACUGACUCCGGUGAGCAACGAUCCGAACGACUACGAAGCGCUAACACCGGGUCAUUUCUUGAUCCAACGACCUUUAACUGCGAUUCCUGAACCUGAUUUGGACGACAUACCUGUGAAUAGAUUGUCUGCUUGGCAACGGACGCAAUAUUUUAUGCAAUGCUUGUGGAAGAAAUGGUCGGCACAGUAUCUCUCGAAUCUACAGAACCGCACUGAAUGGACGAAAGAACGCGAUAAUUUGACUGCUGGUACUAUGGUGCUGUUGAAAGAUGAAAAUUUACCACCAUUGAAGUGGCAACUUGGGCGGGUAGUGGAGUUGCAUCCCGGAUCUGAUGGUAAUAUUCGUGUUGUUACCGUACGCACAAGGGAAGGAAUAUAUAGGCGUGCAAUAUCCAAAGUCUGUAUCUUGCCCAUCCGUGAUAACAUUAAUGCAUCAUCAGAGGAGAACUAGGACUCCUCCAACGGCGGGGGUCGAGAGGCCCCCGCACACCAGUUAAUCGCAUUUUGUAUUAAAUGGACAUCGUUUGUUUUGACUUCACCAGAACUGAGCUUAAAUCAGAGUCGAGGUAACCCGUUUUGUUCUUGGUGGUGGAAAGUAAUUGCAUGCAGUGUGAGGGUGUAGCAGUUGCGCUGGUUACCGAACCAGUUAUGUUUGGUGUGGUCCACACCUAUACAGCCGUAUCGGCUGUCUCAGACGAACCUCAGUUAAUCACAGUUUUACGUUUGGUAUUUUCGAGGCACACUUGACAUCAGCGAGGCCUGAUCCUAACUGGGGAAUACCGACGUAAUGUAGACGUCAUUCUGUCUGCAGAAGGAACACCAACGCCAGGAGGCGCGGGCGGAGGCCAUCCGGCCUCCGUUUCAGGGAAGUCCUUUUUUGUAACAUCAUUUCGGUUUAAAAAAGCACCCUCUCAUUUUAUUCAUAGCACCACCGCAAGCGACGAACGGUAUCAGGCACGACCAGUCAACACAAAAAGCAAGCACCAGCAAAACAAUGAACAGGACAACUGCGACUGCGGAGAUAACGUUCCAAAUCGUCAACAGAAAUUACAGUUACUUUCAACAACAAUCUCAUCAUUUACUAGCAUCAGAAACAACCGCAGACAAAGUGUAUCAGGCGCAUCAUCAACGUGUCAACUCCCAUCAGCAGAAUAUAAACACGAACUAAGAACUUGGCAGCAACAACAACAGCAAAUGAAACGAAAGAAGGAUCACAACAAAACUCACACAUAUUGUAGAGCACAAUCGGCGAAUCUAGGUCAAGUUCAUAGUACCGUUACCCUCACCAGACGUAAAUAGUAGCACCAACAAUGACCAGAUGAUGUAAACAAACCGGGAUGUACCGUUACCACGGAGAGCGCUGCCUAUUUCCGAAGUGUGUGCCAGACAACCUCUGUUCUCAUCGGUUUCGUAGUAGCUAGAAUAGGACAGAAGCAAUUGAAAUGCAAGAUAUUUCAAGGCGGCCGGCAUGUUUAUGCGAAAAGGAAUUUUGAGCAUCCCGAGAAAACGUGAUCCACAACAACCAAGCGAUAUUGUUUUCCUCUUUUCCCACACAGUAUCGCUUGGUUUGUUUCACUCGAGCAACAAUUACUCAGAGAGACCAAUUCUCUCUAGCGAUAACGUUUUUUGAUGUUGCUUUGAUCGAUGUUUCUGAUAAAACAGCUGAUUGUAUGAAGAGGAGAGAUAAAUGUACCGUCGUAAAAAAAAUACACGUCUUUGGAAAAUAAAUGGAGU